AAUAAAAUAAAAUAAAAAAAUAAAAUAAAAAAAUAAAAAUAUUAAAAAAUAAUAAUAAAAUAAAUAAUAUUAAAAAAACACCCCAACAAAUAAGAACAAAACAAAAAAACACCUCGAAAACACAAUAACGAAGAAAGCAAAAAUUCGACUGAUCACGAAACAGCCUGUGUUAAAAUUUCUACGUGGAAAACUACUACCGAUAAUCUUUGUUGUAUUAAUCAAAGGAUGUUCACACACACACGGACGAGUGUACCGCGUUCUGGAAAGCUACCUGUACGUUAAACAUUCCAUCCCUAUGCGACUCACAGAAUUCUGCGCAGUUCUGAAGGUACACUUGUUUGUGUCCUUUCCUUUGAAGCUGCUUCUCACAUAUACCAUUGUCCCUGGUAGAGAAGCUCUGGUGACACAGGCUCGGACUCUUCCGAAGGCCGUGAAUUCUUACGGUGCUGUCUUGGCGAAACUGUGGAGAACCCCGAGUUGAAAUUACAAACCCACGGACUUAAUGUCUUCUCUCGAGAACAAAUCUACGGUGGUGUGGUGCCCAUUGGGCCGAGACCCGAUUCAAUAAUCGAUUAGCACAUUUUAAAGUGUUAAAUCAUCUUUUGAAGUUGAUCGCGUCUGUUAAGGCUGACCCCCGACGAGAGACGAGUGUGAUUUUUUUUUUUUUUUUUUUAACAAAACCACCUAUCUGCCCCACCACGUGUUUGUAAUUCCUCAUAGGGCUAUUUCGUCUUCCCACACCUUCUGGCGCUAGCCACGUGUGCUUCACUGACUCGUUACAAUGACCAAUACCGAAGGAUAAAAAAAAGAAAAAAAAAGAAGAAAAAAAGAAAAAGAAAACAAAAAAGAAAGAAAAAGAAAAAGAAAGAAAAAACGAAAGAAAGAGAGAAAAAAGAUAUCAGAAAGGUAAAAUAAUACGUCAUUCAACAAUGAAGUUGAAUGUGUAUAUAUAUCAAACAUUGUUUUGGUGUGAUUAAGAAAUUAAUAAUAAUAAAAUAAAUAUACGCAAGAAACAUGGAGUUUUUCAUGAACACGGGGAAUUCGGGUUUCAUUGUGAUUGUUCCUGCGAUUGAAUGGUCGGAUGUUUUUCAUCGGAGAAUACCUAACGACAAGAGAUGAAUGGAAAGGCACGAUGAUUCGCGUGGCAAGUGCUUCAAUGAACACUUGGAUAUAACUAGGAAAGUGGUUUUACGUGCUCAUGGAAGUGAACUUGAAGAUAAUGGAUAAGUUUACAAUCUGGGGAAUAUGUUUGACAUCUUUCGGUAUUAUUCAAAUAUACGGAUAUGGAUUUAGCAACAACUUCGUGGAGAUAGACCUACGGUACGGCAUCGUGAAGGGAUACAGUCCUUUUAUAUCGUUUGUGUCCACCCCAACUACAACACCAGACCGGUUGUGCAACGGGCAGGCCGUCAUCAGAAUGGAUUUCUCAGGACCUUACAAGGGAGCCAAGUUGCUGCUGGACUACGGAGAGUCCCCGCGUCUGUGGACCCUAGACAUUUCAGACUCGCCCACUGGUGACGGGUUUGGAGGGGACAACGGGACCACGAGCAACAACGCCGAGACCCAAAUCCAUAAUCGGCAGCUUCGGAUUUACGGAAACUCCCUACCAGGAUACAUGGAAGCGUCCACCAAUGGCGGGAACCUGAUGAAGGUUGAGGACAACUUCGUGAAGAAGGGGAGUAAGGUGUCCCUGGACAUCAGCGACGAGAGGGUGGAGUGGAUUCAGGGGCGAAAGAGGGAUUACAUGGAGUCGGAGUUUCUGUUCACCCUCAGUGGGCAGCCCACGGAGUUCGGGCCGGUGGAGCGAGACGUCUAUGUUGGAUUUAACCGAGUGGUGAGAGCCCCGCAUCGUCACGGCAGCGGACUUUGCCGAGUGACGAUCUCUCUGUAUGAACCAGGUAAGGACUGUGAACGAGGCACCCACUCUUGCCACAAGGAUGCUAUCUGUCUCAGUUCCAGGCGGUCCUACAAGUGCAGGUGUAAGGAAGGCUUUUAUGGAAACGGGAAAAUAUGUGUUGAUGAGGAUGAGUGUGAGUAUGACAGUGGUGGGUGUGUACAUUCCUGUGAAAACAGUCCCGGCAACUACAGCUGCAGCUGUAAACCAGGCUUUGGGCUGGCGCCCGACAGCCACAACUGCAUAGAUGUCAAUGAAUGUUUUGAUCAGAAGGGUGGGUGUGCCCACCAGUGUGUUAACACAAUAGGCUCAUUCCAGUGCAAGUGUAAUGCUGGGUAUGGCCUCCACUCGGAUGGAAAAACAUGUAUUUUAGGAACAUGGUGUCAGAACAUGUUAGGUUGUUCCCACCACUGCAAGUCAACGUCACAUGGACUGACCUGUGCGUGUCGGGAUGGAUUCAGAAUACACUCUGAUGGAAAGACUUGUGUUGAAACAUGUGCUGUUGGCAAUGGUGGCUGCCAGCAUAGAUGUCAGGACACACCUGAUGGGCCAGAGUGCAGCUGUGCACCGAAGUAUAUUCUUCAAGACAAUAAGAAGACAUGUAUUGCAUCUUGUGGGGUUAACAGGGGAGGUUGUGAAAAGAAAUGCGUAGACACAAAGGCAGGCCCCCAGUGCUCUUGUCCCCGGGGCUAUGAGCUUCAUCAGGAUGGCAGAAGUUGCCUUGAUAUCAAUGAGUGUGACUCCAACAACGGCCACUGCAGCCACACGUGUGUCAACACACACGGCAGCUACGAGUGUGUCUGUCCCAAUGGCUUCAAGGUCAAUGCUGACCAGCGGUCCUGUGAAGACAUAGACGAGUGUUUGGUGAACCGGUCGUGUGACCACACCUGUGUGAACACGCUGGGCAGCUUCCAGUGUACCUGCAGGGAGGGCUUUGAGAAGUAUGGCAACACUCACUGCGCAGACGUGAACGAGUGCUCCAUGAACAAUGGAGGAUGUCACCAAAUGUGUCACAACACACUCGGUUCGUUCAAGUGUUCCUGUAGACCGGGAUUCAAACUCCACCCAAACCAGAAAGACUGCAUCUCUGUCAAUACGUGCAUCCCACUGAAAGUUCCUGCAAAGGCCUCGUUGAAAUGUCAGACUGUUAGUGGUGGGGAGCGGCAGUGUGUGUUAGCUUGUAACAGACCAGCACAAUUCUCCGUGCCCAUCAGUGGACAGCAGUAUGAUCUAACGUGUGGACCCAGUAACCACUUCAAGUGGACAUUUGAACGAGAGAACAUGACCAUGCCAAUGUGUUCAGAAAAAUCGUUUCCCCCCAGCUUUAGAAGGAAAGCUACAUUUGUGUUUGUCAUGGACAAGAAGUGUCAUUUCCACAAGAGUGCUGUGCAGUAUCUGAUGUCAAACCUAACACAAGUACUCAAUGAACAAAAGAAAUACAAAUGCACGAAGAAGUGUCAUGUGAACUAUUUGGACAUGAAGUGUGGUUCCAGGAGAAAGAAAUUCCAGCGUCACGUCCGCGGAACACACAAGACUCUGAUCACCACUGAGUUCGAACUACAGAUGAACUCCAAGAAGCCAUCAGGUCGUUGUAAUUCUGACUGUAUGACCAAAAGAACACAGAGGAAAUUGAGGAAAGCUUUCAGAACUCUGAAACGCUCCAUCAAGAGAGAAAAAUUCUUUGUCAAGUUUGAGGGUAACCAGUAUGAGGUUUUAAAAAGAUCUUUUAAACCUGAAAAAUCCAUUGAAGUGGCUUGUCGUCCAGGAAACGUCCUCAUCAACAAAAUAUGUGUUUCAUGCAGUGUUGGAACCUAUUUUAAUGGGGUGUCAGAGAAAUGUGAACUGUGCCAUGCUGGAACGUACCAGGAUCAGGAGGGCAAACUGUCAUGUAAGGAAUGUCCACACAGACAGCCAGGAAUGGGCGUCACCGGUGCUAAAAACACAGCGGAAUGUUCAGAGCUCUGUGAUCCUGGAUUUUACUCUGAAAAUGGGUCAAAGCCUUGUCAACCAUGUGGCAUUGGAUCAUACCAGCCAGAAUAUGGGCGGACAUCUUGUAUGCCAUGUGGUGCCGGUAUGAGAACCCACUCCCUAGCAACAACCAACUUCCAGGGUUGUGCAAUAUCAGAGGUCUGCAUACCGGGUAGCUACUACAGCACGACAGAGAGACGAUGUGUGAAGUGUCCCAUUGGAACCUACCAGUCGAAGACAGGCUACAAUUUCUGUAACGCUUGUCCAGGGGACACCACCACUGACCAGGAGUCAUCCACCAGCAGCGAGGACUGCAAGGACCGAUCCUGCCGGUGGUACCAAGGGCGGUAUCAAGGGGUGAUCGAGACCCCCAACUACCCUGGUAAUUACCCAGUGAACAUGCGGUGCACGUGGAAAAUCAAACCAGAGAAGCGAAGACGAAUUCUAAUCAUCAUCCCAGAGAUUUACCUGAGGGAGGAUGACAAAUGUGGAGAUGUGCUCGUCAUGAGAAAAUCAAAGUCACCAUACAGUUUGACAACUUUUGAAACCUGUAAGAGUCGAGACAGACCAAUUGCAUUUACUGCGAGAUCGAAGAAACUGUGGAUUCAGUUCAAGUCGGAUGCCAAUAACACAGCCGCUGGCUUUUCUAUUCCCUUUGUUACUUAUAAUGAGGAAUACCAGUCACUGAUUGAUGAUAUUGUUGGGGAUGGAAGACUCUACAAUUCAUACCACCAACAGCAGAUAUUUAAAGACAGAAAACUUUUGGAUGUGUUAUUGGAAGUAAUUGCAGAGCCGCCCACAUAUUUCAAGUAUGCCAAUGUGUCUCACAAAAUGUUUCCUGAAUCGUUCUUCAAACUCCUUACACCAAAAGUACGGCGUUUUUUCACGACGUGAAUAUUGGGUAUUUUAAAUCAAAGAGCGAACUUAGCUGAAUACUCACGACAUGAAGUAUGAUGUAGUUGGAUGUAUUAAUUACUUUACAUGUUAGUGUGUGCCCUGCUCAAAGCAGGCUGGCUCGCACAAAUCGACUCUACAGACUGAUUCUUUAUGGUGGAACAACAUCAGAUUCCUGCUUAAGUGUGCAUUUUUCUUUGUAUUACGUUUCCUCAAAGGAGAAUUUAUCACAAGGAAAUAAUUUUAAGUGUUGUGCACCGAUAUAUAAAACAUCUGAACAUUUUAACUGUUAGUACUCUCAAUGGAUGUUUGCUUUUUAAAGGUGGUUUCCCUGAUAACAAUUCUUUGGAUUGCUAAUAAUAAACAAUUGCUGAUUGGCUAAAAUUGUAGCCAAUCAGGUAAAGUGUUUCUGCACAACUUUAAAGUUUAAUUCAACGGAUUUACAAUUCAUAAAGGUCACACUAUUGCAGUGUGUGUAAGGUUCAUAUAUAACUGCAGUUCAAAUAAAGGAAAUGUGAAGAAAAAGUUGGUGCUUGUUGAGAAAGAAAGAGAGAGAGAGAGACAACAAAGUUGUAGAAAGACUAUUUUUGUUUUAAAGACUAAUGUAGAAGUCUUAAUUUUCAGUGUAUAUUGUCCAAUGUGAUUGGCUUGAGCAUUAUUCAGUGCUAACAAGCAUAUUAUGUUUUUGCACAUGGUAAAGCAAAAUUAAUCAGUAGCUUGUCACCAGUUUAAGUAAAGCAUGUAUUACGAAAUAACCCACUGAACCACCUGGUAUUGGUGAAUCAAGUCAAACACUGGCAUAAAUUAAUGUAAUUCUUGUUUUAUCCAAAAGUGUAUACAAUUACUGAUUUAUUAGUAAAGAUGGAUUAUAACUAUAAGUAAAUUGUGCCACUUUUAAAGCAAUAAAACCUGCAUUUUUAUAAAUUGGGUAAUUUUUUAAACUCACUAAAUUUACGGUCUCAUAGAAAAAUGAGUGUUUAGUUCAACUUGCAACUAAUAUUAUUUACACUGCUGAUUAAUUUUUCCAGUUUCACCAUUUAAACUGCUAUAACCAUCUACAUAUUUUAUGUCUUAUCAUCCAUUGUAAUUUGUAUUGCUUUACAUGUAUCCAGUGUGUAUGUCAGCUUGUUUUAGUAUAUAUGGUAUCAUUUGUACUGCUUUACAUGUUGUCCAUGGGUUUUUUGUUCCACAUCUAUCAUCCUAAUUGCCAGUAGGGCCUCCACGAGUCUAAAAUAUUGGACUUGAGUACUCGAGGGUCAAACUCAACCCGGACCCGAGUACCCGACACUUACACUGGAUGAUAAUGAGACUAAGGAAUAAAGUAAAAUAGCACUAUGCAUCUUAAUUCUACCCUUUAACAUGGAUGCCAAAUCAUGCCAUUGUAUUGCACUUAGAAACCGUUUAGAAAAUGAUCAGUGUUGUGAUGAAUGGACGGCCAGUUUAAAAAGAGAAACUAGACCAUGAUCAUCAAAUAAUUAUUGUGUAACUUAUAUUGUUGAUUAUCUAUUGCUGAAAUUAUUGUCCUACACUGUCCAUUGUAUUAUAGUUGAUUAAUUGUAUUCCACCUUGUACGGGUACUCGAGUCCUGUGAACAGACUGGAGUCUUGCUAGACUCAACCCGUGUCCGAGUACUCAAGUACUCAUGGAGACCCUACAUGCCAGUCUAUACUCUAUAUCUGUCUUGACACAUUAGUCCAGUAAAACUAUGACUAAACCUAGAACAAACUGAAACAGAAGGGUUUUUUGGUUUUAUAUUUUUAAGAUGACCCCACUUAACAUUAUAUUCAAAAUCUGCCAAAAUCAGAUACUGGGAAAUGGUGCUAAUUAGCAUAAGUAAUCUACUAAAUCCCAAAUCUCCUAAACAGUUAA